GGAGGAGGAGGUGGAGGCCGCAGUGGUGACGGCGGUGGCAGCAAGGUUGUGCGGCUGAGGCGGGCGCGGGGUCCUGCAGCGGCCCGCUCAGGCGAUGCAUGGUCAUGGAGGCUAUGACUCGGAUUUUAGUGAUGAUGAACAUGGUGGAGAAUCUAGCAAAAAGAAAAGAAGGGCAGUUGAAGAUGAUUUACUGCUUGAAAAGCCAUUUCAGAAAGAAAAACAUGGGAAGGUGGUCCAUAAACAAGUUGCAGCAGAAUUGCUGGAUAGGGAAGAAGCACGAAAUAGAAGAUUUCAUCUCAUAGCUAUGGAUGCUUACCAAAGGCAUACAAAGUUUGUAAAUGAUUAUAUUUUAUAUUAUGGUGGCAAAAAGGAAGACUUCAGGCGUUUGGGGGAGAAUGACAAGACAGACUUGGAUGUUAUUCGAGACAAUCACAGAUUCCUAUGGAAUGAAGAAGAUGAAAUGGAAAUGACUUGGGAGAAGAGACUUGCAAAGAAAUACUAUGAUAAAUUAUUCAAAGAAUACUGCAUAGCAGAUCUCAGUAGAUACAAAGAAAAUAAGUUUGGAUUUAGGUGGCGAGUUGAAAAAGAAGUAAUUUCAGGAAAAGGUCAGUUUUUUUGUGGAAAUAAACAUUGUGAUAUAAAAGAAGGUUUGAAGAGUUGGGAAGUUAAUUUUGGUUACAUUGAGCAUGGCGAAAAGAGAAAUGCACUUGUUAAAUUAAGAUUAUGCCAAGAAUGUUCCUUUAAGUUAAAUUUUCAUCACAGGAGAAAAGAAAUCAAGUCAAAAAAAAGAAAGUCUAAAAAAGAUUGUGAAGAAUAUGUACAUAAGAAAUCCAAAUUAUCUCCUACAGAAGAUAGCUCCAAGAAAAAGGACAAAGGACAUUCUUCCUCAAAGGAAUCAGAAGAUUCUGCAAAUAGACACACUGAUGAAGAAGAAAGUGCUUCAGAAUCUGAGUUGUGGAGGGGCCCGCUACCAGAGACAGAUGAAAAAUCACAGGAAGAAGAAUUUGAUGAGUAUUUUCAGGAUUUAUUUCUUUGAGAUGGGAAAGAGAAAGUACCCCAAAACUUCAUGAGGUUUUACCUACAAGUUGCAGCUUGAGUGGUUCCUCUCAGGAUUACAGAUGCUCCAGUUCAUCAGUUUUGUGAGAAACAUUUCUUUUAUGCCUUCACUUGCCCAUCAACAGCUGUUUCACCUUGUAGCUCCUCGCUAUGUGAUAUACUAUGCUAAAGGACAUUUAAAAAUGGAACGACUGGCAUUUUGUAUUACUUCAAGAAUGGCUAAUAUCAAGAGUUUUUCCUUUUAUUAGACAGUUAUUGCUAAUUAAUUCCAGAUAUUUAUAAGGCUUCUUUAUAUUUGAGGCAGGCAUCAUAUGUGGCAUUGCUAUAAAUGAACUGUCUAGGAAGUAAUUCUGCAGUCUGUCAGAAAAUAGUAAAUCAAUUUUGAGUUAUUAAUAUUAAACAUGAAAAUCCUUGAAAAGGGUCUUGAAGGUA